UUGCCGCACAUGCAUCCGGCGCUUGAGAAUUUAGUUCUCACUCGACGUUUGGCUCAAACAGAAUGUUUAUAGAUUUUUAGUGCAUUUCUUUUCUGCUUUACCGUUGAAUUUACACCGUCACGAAUAAGUGCAGCGUUUGUUGUUUUAGUUGUGUCACAGCAUAAUUAAAUAAAAAAUUAAAAUGAGUUGUUGUUGGUAAACCCAAGUGUAGCGAAAAAUUAUGUCACCGGGUUACUAUCGAAAGUAACGGUGGCACGCUUAGUUUGGCACAUGCCAACACAUGUGAAUACCAGUGAUGAAGAACGCACUUGCCAUAUGUACAUAUGUAUGUAUGUAUGUGCAUAUUUCGCUUGCCCCGUAAAUGAGUGAAAAGCGUCGUACGAAUUUUCUCAUAGUUUUUGUGAUUUUUUUGCUUUUGUUGUCGUUUUUUUUUUUUUUAUUUUGCAAUUAAGUUGCCUGAAAACUAUGAGCUCAGCUAGAUUUUGAAAAGUGCAGCAGUUCGCGUGAAUGCGCCCAUAUGUGCAUGCAUGUGCAUGUGUUUGUGUAUUUCGCUGCGCUUUGCGGAAAUCAACGACUUAUCACCUUUUUAACGGCAGUAAAAGCUGCGGAGCAAUUCGAUUUCCACACUAACAGUUGGUGGAAAGCCAAAGAACGUGUCGUGCGUCUUUUGUAACGGUUCGACUUUCAAUAAACUACUCCUUCGUUGAACUUCCGGCGAAAUUUAUGUGCAAACGUGUGUACGAAAAUGGACGGAGUCGAUGAAUACGGUGAGGACGUGGAAACUUUGUGCAACUAUGUGCCUUUAAGAAAAGUGAUUCCUUUUGAAGUUAAAUAUUGGCGUUGCUCGGCUGGCAGUGGUCUGGGCGACAAUUACAUGUCGGUAGUUAAACGUAUAGAAGUGAGCACGCAUGAAUUUGACGGCGGCGUGACGGAGCGCAAAGGUGCACAGUGUUUUAGUUUCAUAGUCAAAAGGCAAAUUUUAAGUCAAUCGCGCCGGCUUCUGUUUCGCUGUGAUGAAGCAUUUUACAACGAAAUAAAUGCCUACACUCAUGUGAUACCAGCCCUAGAAAAAUAUUUCAUCAAUGGAGACACAGUAUUUCCGCAGUGCUAUUAUGCCGGCACGGAUAAGAAAGGCGAGCUGAUAGCGUUGGAGGAUCUGAAGCAGCUCGGCUAUCGCAUGUCAAAUCGUUUGGUGCCGUUCGAUCUUUAUCAUUGUGAAAUAGUGAUGAAGGAACUCGCCAAGUUACAUGCUACAUCUAUAGCGGCUAAGCAUUUGGACGACAGCAAUUUUCGUGAGCGGUAUGGCAAAGUUAAUGAAAUUGUGUAUUGUGCGGAGGCGGAAAGUUUUUACGGGAAUUUACUCACAUCCUCAAUAGAAGAAUCGUUGAAGAGUUUACGCGAAUCAAACGUUGAUGGCAGCCUUUCCGAUUCCAUUUGUAUGAUAGAGCAACUGAAAGCUGAAUUGUAUCAGAAAAUAAUGUAUAGUAUUAAAAAUGCCAGCGAUUGUGUUAGUGUAAUGUGUCAUGGUGAUUUAUAUGUCAACAACAUCAUGUUUAAAUCCAACAUGGAAGAUGACAACGCAUGCCAAGCUCCGAAAGCGGUUAAAUUCUUUGAUCUACAGGCAAUGCGUUAUACUUCGUUCAUUUUCGAUAUCCUUCAUUUUAUGUUCACCAGCACGAAACGCGAACUUCGUGAUGCGCAUACGAAUCGUUUGUUGGAAACCUACCGUAGCGCUCUGCACAAUCGUUUGGAACAACUUUUAGUUUCUCGUGAGCAUUUAGAGUCAAUACGAGAGACCUUUUCACUGGAAAAUAUUACUAAAGAAUUUACUGCACAUGCUCUGUACGGUUUAGCAGUAUCCAUGUGGGUAUUGCCUGCAGUUACAUUUGAUCCUAAUAAUAUACCAAAUUUAGAUGUCAUCAGUGAAGCCGUACCAAAUGCCAACGAAAUAAAAGUUACACAAAAAUUAACCGACGAGUACCAUUCCAGAAUAAAAGAUCUAGCGCUAGAGUUUCAUCAAAACGGCUACUUUGGUACUUGGUUAGAAAAAUAGUUUAGUUAAAUUUAGCAACAAUUGUAUACUUUAAGUAGCUGACAAAGGUGUGUGAUUAGCGUUAUUUGCUCUUUGGUUCUGAAAGCGAUUACCAAAAUUACUAAAAUACAUAUAUUUUUUUAAAUAUACUGUGUAUAUAUAUAAGAA